AUGGGUUCUCUGAUUCUCCAUGGAAGAAGGUUUUGCGAGUUGCAGAAAUUGUGUAUUUUGAGAUUUGCAGCGAACCCUUUGCAAAAGGCGUCUGUUUUUUCCAGUUCCUUCUCUUCGAGCAGUAGAGAUGGUCAAAAAGGUCAGAACUUUACUGUCUCUUACCUCGUUGGAUCAUUGGGUUUAGCUUCAAAACUCGCAGAAUCGAUCUCAAGAAAAGUCUGUUUCGAAGCCAAGGGAAGUCCAGAUUCUGUUCUGAAUCUUCUUAGAAGCCAUGGAUUCAGAGACUCUCAGAUCUCCACCAUCAUCACGGAUUAUCCACAGUUGCUUAUAGAAGAUGCUGAGAAAUCUCUUGGUCCAAAGCUUCAGUUUUUACAGUCUAGAGGAGAAGCUCAAGCUACUACAAGCUCUGAGCUCACAGAGAUUGUGUCUAAGUUUCCAAAUAUCUUGGGAGUCAAAAAGGACAAAGCUUUGAGCGUAUACUAUGAUUUCGCCAAAGAGAUUAUCAAAGCAGAUAAGAGUCUCGAGCACAAGAAGCUAUGUCAUUCUUCUUUGCCACAAGGUAGUCCACAGGAGAACAAAAUCAGAAAUGUAUUGGUUUUGAGAGAAUUGGGCGUGCCUCAGAGGUUGUUAUUCUCAUUGCUUAUAUCAAGUAGGCGAAUUGUGUGUGGGAAAGAAAAAUUUGAAGAAUCCCUCAAGAAAGUUGUUGAGAUGGGUUUUGAUCCAACCUCCCCAAAGUUUGUGGAAGCCCUACGUGUUGUUUACCAAUCGAGUGACAAAGCAAUUCAAGAAAAGGUCAAUGCCUAUGAAAAGUUAGGCUUUGAUGUGGGAGAAACAUGGGAAAUGUUCAAGAAGUGGCCUCAGUUUCUGAUACUCUCGGAGAAGAAGAUAAUGAACUCCAUGGAAACAUUUCUAGGACUAGGAAUCAGCAGAGAUGAGUUCACGAAGAUGGUCAAGCGCCUUCCUUCGUGCAUUGGAUUCUCUGAAGAGACAGUGAAGAAAAAGACACAGUUUCUUGUGAAGAAGAUGAAUUGGCCACUAAAGUCUGUGGCUUCGCACCCACAGUUUAUUGGAUACAGCAUGGAGAAGAGGAUUGUGCCAAGGUGUAACGUUAUCAAAGCUCUCAUGUCCAAAGGAUUGCUCGGAGAAGGAGGAAGUGAACUCCCUUCAGUGUCGAGGGCGUUUGGGAUUACCGAUGAAGCUUUCUUAAACAAGUACGUUAGGGAUCAUGAUGAUGACAAGGAGCUUGUGGCUGAAUUGAUGGCUAUCUUCACCAGAGAUCAUAGCUUCAUAGGACUGUGUUUAUCGCAUUUCCUUGUAAUGGGUUCUCUGAUUCUCCAUGGAAGAAGGUUUUGCGAGUUGCAGAAACUGUGUAUCUUGAGAUUUGCAGUGAACCCAUUUCAAAAUGCAUCUGCUUUUUCCUCUUCGUCUUCUUCGAGCGCUAGAGAUGGUAAAAAAGGUCAGAACUUUACAGUCUCUUACCUCGUUGAUUCAUUGGGUUUGACCACAAAACUCGCACAAUCGAUCUCAAGGAGAGUCAGUUUCGAGGACAAGAGAAGUCCAGAUUCUGUUCUGAGUCUUUUGAAAAGUCAUGGCUUCACAGAUUCUCAGAUCUGCGACAUCGUUACGAUUUAUCCACAGUUGCUUAUAGCAGAUGCUGAGAAAUCUCUUGGUCCCAAGCUUUUGUUUUUACAGUCUAGAGGAGGAGCUACAACCUUUGAGCUCACUGAGAUUGUUUCCGUAUUUCCUAAAAUCUUGGGAAUCAAAAAGGACAAAGCUAUCAGCAGAUACUAUGAUUUCGCCAAGGAGAUUAUAGAAGCUGAUAAGAGCUCAAAGUUCGAAACUUUAUGUCCUUCUUUGGGAGAAGGUAGUAUGCAAGAGAAUAAAAUGAGAAAUAUAUUGGUUUUGAGAGACUUGGGCGUGCCUCAGAGGUUGUUAUUCUCCUUGCUUAUAUCAGAUAGGCAAAUUGUCUGUGGGAAAGAAAGAUUUGAAGAGUCCCUCAAGAAAGUUGUUGAGAUGGGUUUUGAUCCGACCUCCUUAAAGUUUGUCCUAGCUCUACAUGCUGUUUACCAAUUGAGUGACAAAGCAAUUCAAGAAAAGGUCAAUGUCUAUAAAAAGUUAGGCUUUACUGUGGAUGAUGUAUGGGCGAUUUUCAAGAAGUGGCCUCAUUUUCUGAUACUCUCGGAGAAGAAUGUAUUGAACUCCAUGGAAGCAUUUCUAGGCCUAGGAUUUACCAGAGGUGAGUUUGUGAUGAUGGUCAAAUGCUUUCCUUCGUGCAUUGGAUCCUCUGCAGAGACAGUGAAGAAGAAGACUGAGUUUCUUGUGAAGCAGAUGAAAUGGCCACUAAAGGCUGUGGCUUCAAACCCUGUGGUACUUGGAUACAGCAUGGAGAAGAGGACUGUGCCAAGGUGUAACGUUAUCAAAGCUCUCAUGUCCAAAGGAUUGCUCGGAAAGAGAGGAAGUAAACUCCCUUCAAUAUCGAUGGUGCUUGGGAUCACCGAUGAAGCUUUCUUGAACAGGUACGUGAUGAAGCACAAUGACAAGGACCUUGUGGCUGUUUUCACCGCAGAUCAUGCUUCAUAG